AAAAUCAUCCCAGUCCUCUUCUUCUAAUUAAAAAAAGAAAAAGAACUUAGAAUUAAUAUAUGGAUUCUCAAAAAUGGUUUAUUCCAUUGGUAUUAAUCAUGUUCUUGAUUAUUAUAAUAUUGCCAAAGAUUUCAGCCCAGAACUACGGGUGCUUCAAAGACGAAAACUACGUAAGUAACAGCACGUUCGACAACAAUCUCCGAACUCUCCUUUCGUCACUUUCCUCAAACAUGAACGACACCGGAUUCUACGGUGCCUACGUGGGCCGGAUCCCGAACCGAGCCUACGCGACAGCUCUCUGCAGAACAGACGUCCAGCUCGAUUCGUGCCGUUCAUGUGUCGUAAACGCUUCGGUGGAGAUCGCAAAAUUGUGCGUGAAUCGAAAGCAGUCAGUAUUGUGGAAAGGUAGUUGCACUUUGCGAUACUCAGACGAGCCCAUAUUCGGAGUUCGGGCCGACGGUUAUUACGUCAUGGUGUGGGAUGGGGUUGUAUACAGUCCCGACCAAUACAAGCAGAAUCUGAGGAUGCUGUUCGACGAUCUUCGCGGAAAGGCAGCUGCAGGGGGAUCUCUAGUCAAGGUUGCGGCAGGGAAUUCGAGGGCGCCUGAUUUUCAGACAAUUUACGCCCUGUUACAAUGUACGCCGGAUAUCUCUUCCGAGGAAUGCAAUAUGUGCUUGACCGAUGCCGCCCAACGAAUUCCCGAAUGUUGUAAUAGUUCGAAGUUCGUGAACAUUCUCGCACUAAGCUGCACUAUUUGGUACGAUACUUCAUCAUUUUACAACAUAACUAGGAUUAACCAAGUACAAUCCAUCAUUUCACCUCCGUCGCCUGUGCCGGUGCCUGUGCCUGUGCCUGUGCCUGUGCCUGCCCCCGUCCCACACCGCCGGGAGACUGUGCGCGUGGUACUAGUGAGCCUGCCUCUGCAAUGCCAGAAUUACGGGUGCUUCAAAAACGAAACCUACGUAAGUAACAGCACGUUCGACAACAAUCUCCGAACCCUCCUUUCGUCACUCUCCUCAAACAUGAACGACACCGGUUUCUACAGUGCAUACGUGGGCCGAAUGCCGAACCGAACCUACGCCACAGCUCUCUGCAGAACCGACGUCCAGCUCGAUUCGUGCCGUACUUGUGUUAGAGGCGCUUCGGUAGAGAUUACAAAAUUGUGCGUGAAUCGAAAGCAGGCAAUACUGUGGAAAGAUACUUGCACUUUGCGCUACUCAGAUGAGCCCAUAUUUGGAGUUCGGGCCGACGGUUAUUUCGUCAUGGGCCGGGCCGGGACUUUCUCGAGUCCCGACCAAUUCAAACAGAAUCUGAGGGUGCUGGUGAACGGUCUUCGUGGACAGGCAGCUUCAGGGGGAUCUCUAAUCAAGCUUGACAUCAAUAUCUGUCAUGAGUGGACUAAAGUCUUGGUGGCGUGGUUGUUCUCUGAUGAAGGUUGCGGCGGGGGAUUCAACGGUGCCUGA